AUGGCCUCAUUACAGGCGCGGGGACACAUGAACGGAAGCUCGACGCUUUCUGCGUCUUCUGAUCAGAGAGGCCUUUUCCCUGCCGCAGUACCCUCAACCUUCUCGCCACCUCCCCCAGACGUGUUUCCUAAAAUGGGCUCGAAUAUCAUGAAUAUCAAAGCUGGCGCUAACAGCUCGUUGUAUCAAAUCUGCACGGGUCUGCGGCAGCGGCUAGGAGAUGUCCCUGGAUUCGAAGAUCACAUAAUAGAGAUGGAGGAAGAAGAAGAGGAUUCGGCCGAUGAGCCAAAAGAUCCAGUCACCUUGAUGUGGAAUUGUUUGAGGCGUGGCUAUCCGCUCAUGACUAUAUACAACGCGUCAUCGCCAGAAAGACCACUCAAAUUUGAUGCAACAAAAAUUCGCGAAGAUAAGGUCGGAAAAGCAACGACGUUCAAAUUCCUGCAAGCUUGCAUGACAGAUCUCAAGAUCCCUCCCCACGAGUGCUUUCUCAUCACUGACUUAUUUGGGGAAGAUACCACUGGAUUUGUGAAGGUGACGAAGCUUGUGAACAGGGUCUUGGACAUCCUGGAUACACGGGGGUUUUUGCGGCACAACGAACAACCCACCAAGGCUGCAGUUGCGGAAUCCGCUCCUACCUCUUACAAAGCGCAUGUCAUCGAAGAGCUCCUCAUGACUGAACGCAAUUAUAUCCAACAUCUUGAAAUACUUCAAGAGUUUAAGAGACAAGUCACUGGCGGCAUCGCAGGUGAUGCAAUUCACGACAUAUUUUUGAACCUCAAUCAAUUACUGGAUUUCCAGAGAAGAUUCUUGGUCAGAAUUGAACAACAAAACCGCUUGUCUGAGAGCGAACAGAACUGGGGCAAACUGUUCUCCUACUACAGAGAAUCAUUCCGAGUGUACGAACCAUUUAUCGCCAAUCAAAAUCGUUGCAAUGAGACCGUACUCAGCGUAUGGCCAAAGCUCAAGAAAGCUGAUCUAUCAAACGAGUUGAGGGGCAUCGUUGAGACACCAUCAGUGCUCCUCAGUUUCCUAAUCAAACCUUUCCAGCGCCUAUCGAAGUACCCCUUGUUGCUCGCUGAAUUGCGCACAAAAGGCGGCCUCGACCUUGAAAAACAAGAGGAUCUCGAAGAAGGUGAAGCAGCAGCCAGAUCCAUUAUGACCCGAGCGGACGAGGCUGUCCAAAAGGAACACCAUGCUGCCGCUGUCAACGAGUUGCAGAGUAGGGUUGAAGACUGGAAAGGCCACAAGAUUAAUCAUUUCGGCGAACUCCUACAUUUCGGCAAUUACACGGUUUUGAAGGGAGAGGGCGCGAAAGUGGUGGAGCGCGAGGUUAGUGUCAUAUUCGAUUCCCUGGAUCCAGUCACGCGAGCAAUGGUUUUCUCCCUGUUUAUGCGCUCCCUGCAUCGUGGAACCUCAAAGCCCCCACGCCCACGGUCAUGGACGUCCGCAUUGCAAUUUUUGAACCGCAACCCGCGUGGGAAACAUGUCAGCGACCUUGCAAGUGUCCCUGAGCAUUCGGUCGAGGAACAUCGUCCUGUUCCCGUGACGCCGAAGACCCCUCCGAGGAGAUCCAUGUUCCUUUUGCGCAGAAAGACACCCCCUGCAUGUCCCCAAAUACUUUCCCAAGCACCUUCCCAGAUACCCGUGGAGCCCCCUUCGUGGAGCCCGUUUCGCUUUCAUUUCAAGCGUCGUAAAGGUCCCACCCGUGGGAUGCUUGGAACACCGCCUUCUAGAAUCAGCUCCGACGCCGAGCCUCCCAUGAAGACGAAACCCCCUGAGGAGCAGGCAAUUGAAAUUUUUCAAAACGCUCUCCAGAUUUUAAAGAUUGGUACAGAGCCUGAGCUUGCCACAUCAGAAGGCAUGAACAGAGCUCCAACCUCGGAGUCCUCAACGGACGACGCAUAUCGGAGAAUCAUGGACUGGUCUCAUAACACACCUUUCCACACAAAGGCCUCCAAGGCUUAUCCCCCCAAAGCACUUACCCCUCUGCAAUUUCUGCUGCUUAAGUCCAUACGUGAAGCAAGGCACUUGUACAAGCUCGAUGGCGCUUUUAAGAACACAACGCUUUUCUUGUUUUCCAACUCGCAAUUGCCAGACCCAAUCUUAUCUCUAGCUGCUCGUGCUGCUGCUGCUACUGCUACUGCUACUGCUGAACCCGUGUUGGGAAUUAAGCCGAUGUCAGAUUUAGAGAAACAAGUUGCUGACGAUUUGGCGAUUGAAUCGCUCGUGCGUGAACAGUACAAAGUCUACCUCUUCGAACGCAUCCUGCUAUGUUGCAAAGAAAUCAACCCGAACAAGCCCAAGAAUAAAAUGCUGGCAGGAAAGCAACCUUUGGUCGACAGGAAGGGAAAGCUAAAGCUUCAGUUGAAAGGUCGGAUAUUCAUGCAGAAUGUCACGGACGUUGUGACCUUGAAUCAAGGUCAAUAUACUCUCCAAAUCUUCUGGAAAGGCGAUCCUGGUGUUGAAAACUUUGUCAUUCGGUUCCCCGAUGAGGCGCAAAUGAUCAAGUGGCGGGACACAGUGCAGGCACAGAAGAAGAGUCUUUGUGACCAGGCAAGGAAUUCCGGUCAAACUGGCACUUCAGCAACAGAGUUUAACUAUAUGAAAGACCAAGUGCUUUCUAAGAACCCAUAUCAAGAGGAUGAGGAUAUGGAAGAGGAGGAGAUUAUCAGUCAAAUCGUUGGCCCCACCCAAUCUUCCUUCACCGUGAGUCGGAAUCCAUCAAGCAAUAGUCUGCGCUCAAUAGCCGGACCCACUCGCAUGGCUCCUCCUAAAUUUCCACUCGCAGAGCAUGGCAACGGGAUGUAUGCGCCUCCCUUGAGCCUGAAUACAAACGUUCCCCCUGGUACAGCUGCUUCACCAGGGGAAUUCCCAGGAAACUCUUACUUUUCGCCAACCAAUGACUCACCAACAUCCACACGCUCAACCUCUCAGCAAAGCUUUUCUCAGUUCACUCGCCAACAAACAGUUGCUGGUCAUUGGCCGCACGAAGAAAAUAAGCAUCGUACAGCUCCAGCGAUGGGUCGCGCACCUUCUCGAGAGGGACCGGCUCCACCGAACAGCUAUGUUGUUAACGGUCGAACAGUCACCCGGCCAUCCUUGCCUGUCAUGGCAGCAUCCCAAAACCCUCAGCAGAGCCGUCUUCGCUCCGCUAGUACUCCUGACAUUCACAAUCUGAAUGCCCCUGGAGCCAGACGUCAAGGUGCUAGCCACCUUCCAACUCAAGCGGAAAACGUUCCAAUGCCUCCAAUUCCCUCGCAUAUGGUCCAAGGUCGAGCUCCCCUCAAUCGGAGCCAAACAAGCUCACCAGUCGAAAGCCAGUUGCCCAUUCGAAGUGCAACCCAGUCCCCUUCGGUACACCGGGAUCGAGCUCAUCGACAGUAUCAAGAACCAAUCGGCUAUGAUCGUCAAGGACAGAGACUGCAGCAGAGCUUCGAGAGCGAAACCCGUGACUAUCAUCAUGGCCACUAUGCUGAAGAGCCGACCCAGCUCACUCCUCAAAAUACCGAGACUUCUUCGUCGGCCAACAGUAUCAUGGACUAUCCGAAUCAGUUGAAAGUCAGGGUCAGGUUCGAUCCAGAACCAAGCCAUGUGACCAUCGUCGUUCCUACAUUCAUCAAACACCGCUCCCUGACCGACCGAAUCGAUUCGAAGAUGGCUAAGGUAACAGCAGCAUCCAUCGCCAAGAAAACUGCUCGGCUGCGAUAUGAAGACUCGGAUGGCGAUAUGGUUAGAAUCGAGACCGACGAAGAUGUCCAUCUCGCUAUUGAAGAUUGGGCUACCCAGAACGAACGACAGAUCCUUGAAGGUCCCGCACCUGACUUCGAGUUGCAAUGGCAACAGAAUUGA